UAACGCUGCGUGUAUCCACAGGUCCGUGGCAUCGAUUCCCAUCUCCAUGUCCCCUUGGCAUUGACACUCUUUCUUCUCCUUUAUCACUUUCACUUUGCCUUAUACAAACUUCUCCACGUCGGCACCUUCUUCCCUUUCCGCUUCGGUACGCACCGAAGGGGGAUGUUGUGAUUAGUCUCAGGUUUCCAGAGCAGAGAUGAGCGAUGCGCCAUGUUCUCUCACACUGGGGCGUGACACAGGAGGAAUCCGUCGCUGGGGGAGAGUCAUGGGGCUUUCCUGGGCCUUGGUGGAGCCGGUUGUGGUGAUAAACACAGUAGGGACCUCUUUCUUUGACACGGCCCUGACGCUGGCUGUUUAUAACCGCACCCUGGAGCAGGCAGACGGACAGAGCGACCACGCCCAGGCACUCUCCGCCCAAUUCUUCCUGAUCCACCAGACUCUGGCCUCCUUGCUGUCCCUCAUGUCCACCUUGCUCCUCGGACACCUCUCUGACCGCCUUGGCCCCCGCGUGCUGCUGGUGGUGCCGCAGAUCGGCUCCGUCUUGGCUAAGACUUUCCUACUCUUCUUCAUGCUCUUCCAGCUGCCUCUGGCGGUUCUCUAUGCAGGGUCCGCCGUGUACGGCUUGAGCGGCGGGUCUCCGGGCUACUGGGGGGGGGUGGUGUCCCUGGCCGCCCUCAGCUCGGAGGAGGGCCGCCGCAGCCUCAAGCUGAACGUCGUGGACUUUUGUAGUGGGGUGGCCGGUGUGCUGGGGGGGCUGCUCUCCGGCUAUGUGUAUGGGAUCGGCCAGUCCGGCGUAGCCCUGAUUCUCACCAGCCUGGCGCUCUGCACCCUCGGACUCCUGUACUCUGCUUUUCUGCUCUCGUACCCCAUUCCAUCCGUCCCUCGGGGCCACUCCGGGCUCCAAAAGGCGGCCCCAUACGACCGCGGUGCUGUGGCCCUGCUCUUCUCAGCCAUGAUACUGUUCUUCCUGGGUAUGACCGGGGCAGAGGGCGUGCUGUGCCUCUUCGUGCUGAAGCCGCCCCUCAGCUGGGACUCGGUGUGGACGGGCUACGGCAGGGCGGCCACCAGCGCCAUGUAUCUCAGCAGCUUCCUGGGCGUGCUGCUGCUGUCCCACCCUCUAGGGGACGUGGAGCUCAUCCUGCUGGGCGUCGUGUCCAACUGCACUGGGAUGGCCAUAUUGGCCUUUGCCACCCGCAGUUGGAUCUAUUUCUUCGCCCGUGGAGUGAUGAUGUUUGCCUGCAUUCCCAUGCCGACGAUUAGAGCCCAGCUCUCCAAAAUCAUGGAUUCUCAGAUGUACGGUCGCGUGUUUGGUCUGCUGCAGUCCGCCCUGGCUGUCACCGAAGUCCUGUCCACCAUCUUCUUCAGCUCUGUUUACCCUCGAACUCUGAGCUGGUACCCUGGACUCUGCUUCCUUAUCUCCUGCACCGUCAGCUACCUAAGUGUCAUCCCCAUUCUUUACCUAAACUGGAGAGGUAUCAGGCAUGGAUGUGUGGCAGUUCUGGAUGUUGACCAUUCCUACCACAGCAUAAAUACUGCAGAGGGCUAAAUGUCUGAAGGACGUCUCUCCUGGAAGCACAAUGUUAAAGAGAAACACUGUUUGAAACAACAUUUCCUUAAGGUUUUCAUUUCUUUUACCUGUAUUUCAGUGAAGCUACGCUCAACUCUCCAAAAGUAAUAUAAGAAGCUUUAUUUUAAUUAAUGCACAACCAUGACGAGGCUGAAUAUGUAUGUUUCUUUGUACUGUCGUAGUUUCUUUUAAUUUGCAUAUUAGUGUUAGAACAAGUUCUGAAACACUGACAGAAAGAUUAAUGGAAAGUGCCUUAAAGUUUACAGAGCAAAGUUCAGCCAGGAGAUCACCAUCAUCACCUCUCAAACACGCACUUCUAGCCCUACUUUUUGACAACGCUUCUUGAACACGUUUGUUUCCGGAGACCUUGGGCAGUGCUGGGCAUCUUGUUUGCAGGGCUGACAAUGUUGGAAAAACCCUCAAAGUCAAACAAAAAAAAUUCCCACAUCAUUUGAAAAAGACCUCAGAGUCAGGAGGAUUGUCCACAGUUGAGACGUCUUGCUCAGCUCCAUCUGGGACCAAUAGACUAACACCUCUACCACCUGAAGCCCAGGCAGAAUCCUGUGCCGCAUUCAUGUCUUCCUUCAUUCCAUGCUCUAGCUUCCAUUGCAUCCUUAUUCUUUGGUUCCCGCCUGGCUCCUCCACCGCGGUUGGAGGUGUCACUGUGGUUAAGGGCCAUAUCUCUCCAUGGUUGACUUCACAGAGCCAUGUGACAAUGCAGUUUUGGUGCAAAUUAUUUUUUACUUCUUAAAUUUGUUGCACAACAUUUAAUGUCUGCAUAAGGUGUACUGUCUUUGUCUCAUUUUACACUAUAUGUUUGUUUGCACUUCACAUGCAAUAAAAGUCAUCUUAUCUUA